AUGUCGAGAAUUCAAGAUAACAUUGAACUGAUCGCAUUUGACUACAUUGAUUCAUUGGCUGCUGCACCAGACUCUACAGUACCAGACAAGACGAGCGUUACAGACGAAGAAUUGGUUCAUAUUGACGCGCAACCGGAGUUUAUCGACCUCACCCAGGCUGUGAAUAAUUCGGACGAAGAAUUGAUUCAUCUUGUCACACAACCGGGGUUUAUCGACCUAACCCGGAGCACAAAUAAUUCGGACGAAGAAUUGUUUCAUAUUGAUGCACAACCGGAUUUUAUUGACCUCACCCAGAACACAAAUAAUUCGGAUGACCAUGUUCACAGCCUCAUCGAAGUUGAUAGGCUAAGAGCUGAAACGCCCAUUUCUACGACAUCACGAGCUGUGGACAUAACCAGUAGCGACGUGAUCGACCUCACUUUCGAGUGUAAUGAACCUGCUGCUGGUGUGAUAGAUCUCACACUAGAUUGUAAUCUACCUCCUAGGAAAAGGAGAAAAAUACUAGAAUACAGACCAGCACGGUCUCAUCAAAGUCUCCAGUGUUUUGACGAUAGCAGUAUUGUUCGCACAGACGAAGUGCCUGGACCUAGCAAUAGGGCAAUAUCUCCAAGACCUGUGAGAAAAAUAGAAAAUUGUACCCCCGAGCAGUCUCCUCAAAGUCCCCUGCUUUUUGAUGUUGAUAGCAGUAUUGUUCGCACAGAUGAAGUACCAGGACCUAGCAAUAGGGGAAUAUCUCCAAGGCCUGUGAGAAAAAUAGAAAAUUGUACCCCCGAGCAGUCUCCUCAAAGUCCCCUGCUUUUUGAUGACGACCAUGACAGCCGUGUGAAUGAUUUGUCAGAGUGGAGUGAGUCACAGAUAAAUGCUUGGGAUGACGCAUCUUGGACAGGCAGUCAAUACGAUGAAGCAACAGUGCGCGGGAGGCAGACGCCGUAUCCUUUUCACAACCAGGCCGUGGUAGAAGUCGAAGAACAUCCAGCAGAGCAUAUCCAUAAUGAAGUGACAUCCGAAGACUGGAGAUUUAUUCUUACACUCAUUAACAGAUUGAUUGUUCAGAAUGAUGAACUACGUGCCAGAGUAGAUGUCUAUGUUAACGAUGUCCACACUCGAAUAGAUGCAUUUGUUAACGAGAUCCAUAACCUAUCACAUCCAAUUGUUCACGAUGUCCGUGACAGAAUGAUAAGAUUUUUUAACGAUGUCUGUGACCGAUUGGAUGCUCAGGAAAAUAGGAUUCAGGAAUUGGGUGGUAUUGUAUAUAACCAGCAUCAUGCGCUAGAGACUGGCUUUCACGUUUUCCAAUCAAGUGUAAAUGAAAAUUUUGUGCGCAUCAAUAACAUAUUAAAUGAAGAGCUAAGAGAAAGAAGAUUGAUAGUAAAUCUUCUCUGUGCUAGAAACAAUGUUAGAUGAUGCAAUG